AUGGAGGGCAUGGCAUAUGGAGCUGGGAAGGCUGGAGGAGCUUUCAACCCUAUAACGUUCUUCCAGCAGCCACACACCAUCCUCCGGAUCCUCUCUUGGUUUUUCUCCAUUGUGAUCUUUGGUUCUAUAGCCAACGAGGGUUACGUGAACCGACCCGACGAGGCCCAGGAGUUCUGUAUCUUCAACAGGAACCAGAAUGCGUGUAACUAUGGACUGUUCAUGGGAACUAUGGCCUUUCUCUGCUGUCUGGCCUUCCUGGCCCUGGAUGUCUACUUCCCACAGAUCAGCUCCGUCAAGGACCGCAGGAAGGCUGUACUGGCAGACGUAGGGGUUUCAGCGUUCUGGUCCUUCAUGUGGUUCGUGGGGUUCUGUUUCCUGACCAACCAAUGGCAGGCGGCGAAGCAGGAGGACAACCCCCUGAGGGAGGGAGGGGAUGCCGCUCGCGCUGCUAUCACCUUCGCCUUCUUCUCCAUAUUCACCUGGACUCUCUUCACCUCACCCCCCCAACCCCAACUAUGCCCUCCCACACCACUCUCUUCACCUCAUCCCUCCCUCCCCAAGGCGACCCAGUCCUUCUUCGGCUAUCAGAGGUACCAGUUGGGGGCCGACUCUGCUCUCUUCUCCCAGGACUACAUAGACCCCAGCCUGGAUGCUGGGGCAGCCGGGGACCCCUACACCUCCUUCACGGCCGGGGGGGACGACCUGGGACAAGGAGACCCUGUGGAGGGGUCCUCCUAUCAGGGGAAUAACGGCGAGGGGGGUGGGAGGUACCAGGAGUACUGA